AUGAAACUAACAGCCGGAUCACAAAGACUCUUCUACCUAAACAUCAGGCAAACGCACAACCCCACCAAAGAAAGAAGACAUACAGUGAUGAACAUGGCACUAACCCAACACACUGUCCUCGAGAUCUCCGGUAAGAUGCCAUCACAGGAACAAGUAUGGAUCAUCCACGGAGCGUACAAGAUUGGGGAAUUCUGGGAAAAGAUCCCAAACUACAAACAGAGAGGUCAAUGCGGCCUAUGCCAAUCACCAGAAUCAAUUGAACACAUACUAUUAGAUUGUGACUCCCUAGUCUCACGCACCAUCUGGAAGGCCGCCAGGGAUCUAUGGUGUAGCAACCUAAUUACCUUCAAUAACGAGAGUGGCAAGAAAAUGACGGGCAAGAGUAGACUCUUCAACAUACUAGUGCUGGAAUCUGCCCACCUAAUAUGGAAGCUAAGAUGUGAGAGGACAAUCAAAUACAAAGGCAUCAAGGAGAAAUUCCACUCCGAAACGGAGAUUUACAACAAAUGGCUACACGUGAUCAACACAAGGCUGAAAUUCGACAGAUUGCUCACCGACUCAAAGAGGUACGGGAAGAAAGCGCUCAAAGUAGAGACAGUAUUAAAAACAUGGAGCGGUUUACUACUACACGAAGAUAACCUUCCGGACAACUGGGUCCACAAUACAGGGGUUUUAGUGGGUAUGGCACCUCGCCGUCCUCCAGGACGGAAUAGGUAA